CAGGCGGAGGAGGGGUUUUUUCCGUUUGCGCACUUCACCUGUCCUCCUGCAGAGGCAGCGUGUCCGCACAUCAGAGCUCCCUCAGACACGGUGCACCGCAGACGCAGACGCUCCUCAGACUUGUCUUAUUACAUUGCAUAAUACCGACAAGCCAUCAUGCGUGAGUGUAUCUCCAUCCACGUUGGUCAGGCAGGCGUCCAGAUUGGAAACGCCUGCUGGGAGCUUUACUGCCUGGAACAUGGGAUCCAGCCGGACGGACAGAUGCCCAGCGAUAAAGCCAUCGGUGGAGGAGACGAUUCCUUCAACACCUUCUUCAGUGAGACUGGAGCUGGAAAACACGUCCCCAGAGCUGUUUUUGUCGACCUGGAGCCCACUGUCAUUGAUGAGGUGCGUACUGGGACCUACCGCCAGCUGUUCCACCCCGAGCAGCUGAUCACUGGUAAGGAGGAUGCUGCCAACAACUACGCCCGUGGACACUACACCAUCGGUAAAGAGAUCAUUGACCUGGUUCUGGACAGGAUCCGCAAGCUGGCUGACCAGUGCACUGGUCUUCAGGGCUUCCUGGUCUUCCACAGCUUUGGUGGUGGCACCGGCUCUGGUUUCACCUCUCUGCUGAUGGAGCGUCUGUCGGUUGACUACGGCAAGAAAUCCAAGCUGGAGUUCUCCAUCUAUCCAGCUCCCCAGGUUUCCACCGCUGUGGUGGAGCCCUACAACUCCAUCCUGACCACCCACACCACCCUAGAGCACUCUGACUGUGCCUUCAUGGUAGAUAACGAGGCCAUCUACGAUAUCUGCCGUAGGAACCUCGAUAUCGAGCGUCCUACUUACACCAACCUGAACAGGUUGAUCAGUCAGAUUGUGUCCUCCAUCACUGCUUCCCUUCGUUUCGAUGGUGCCCUCAAUGUUGAUCUGACAGAGUUCCAGACCAACUUGGUGCCAUAUCCCCGUAUCCACUUCCCUCUGGCCACCUAUGCCCCUGUCAUCUCUGCUGAGAAGGCUUACCAUGAGCAGCUCUCAGUGGCUGAGAUCACAAACGCCUGCUUUGAGCCAGCCAAUCAGAUGGUGAAAUGUGACCCUCGCCACGGCAAAUACAUGGCUUGCUGCCUGCUGUACCGUGGUGAUGUGGUGCCCAAAGAUGUGAAUGCUGCCAUUGCCACCAUCAAAACCAAACGUUCCAUCCAGUUUGUGGACUGGUGUCCCACUGGUUUCAAGGUUGGCAUCAACUACCAGCCUCCCACCGUGGUUCCUGGUGGAGAUCUGGCCAAGGUCCAGAGGGCUGUGUGCAUGCUGAGCAACACCACUGCAAUUGCAGAGGCCUGGGCUCGUCUUGACCACAAGUUUGAUCUGAUGUACGCUAAGCGUGCCUUUGUUCACUGGUAUGUGGGUGAAGGUAUGGAGGAGGGAGAGUUCUCUGAGGCCAGAGAGGACAUGGCAGCUCUGGAGAAAGAUUAUGAGGAGGUUGGAGUUGAUUCCAUUGAGGGUGAGGGAGAGGAGGAGGGAGAGGAGUAUUAAAAGCACAUAAAGGAAAGUACACUCAAUUGUGUUCCUAAGUACAUUCCAAACAGAAAUGUUUACCUAUUAAUACCAUUUUGAAGUGCAGUGUUCAAAUUAAAAAUCUCCAAAAUGCCAGUUUGCUCUCUACUAAAUAAAGUUCUUGUAAUGUGAAA